AUGGACCAAAAGAUGUGUCUCGAGUCACAAGUGGUAAUGGUAUCAACUGAAGAACACCUUCUAUCUAUUAUGAACAAAUCAAGUAAAGUUGUUCUCGACUUUUUCGCGUUUUGGUCUAAUCCCAUAAACACAGUAGAGCGAAUUCAAAAUAUUGCUAAUACACAUACAGACAUUCAGUUCAUUCUUAUCAAUGCAGAAGAAAGUUUCGAUUUACUUCAACACUAUGUAGUCUCAGACCUCCCAACUCUAAUAUUCUUUGUGAAUGGCGUGGAGGAAGCGAGGGUCUGCGAACCUCCCGACGAAGCUAUCAACAAGUUGCUCAGCCAUUGA